GAGGGAAAGUUAUUAAAGGGACCCUACUUCCACAUGUGAGUUAUUUAGAAGUUAAAAUUUGGGACGAAGAUGGCUGGGUCAUUUCGCCUUGCGUUAGUUCAGCUGGCUGUUACUGCUUCAAAAUCGGACAAUCUUGCCCGUGCUGCUCGCUUAAUCAAAGAGGCUGCGUCGAAAGGAGCUAAUAUUGUCGCUUUACCAGAGUGCUUUAAUUCCCCUUACGGGACUAGCUAUUUCCCGGAGUAUGCGGAACCUAUUCCGGGUCCAUCAACAGAGACGCUCGUCAAUGCAGCGAAGGAGAACAAUAUUUAUCUAGUUGGAGGUUCGAUCCCAGAGGAAGACGGCGGGAAAAUUUAUAAUACUUGUACCGUUUACAAUCCAAAUGGUGACUUGAUUGCGAAGCAUAGAAAAGUCCACUUGUUUGAUAUUGAUGUGCCUGGGAAAAUAAGAUUCCAGGAAUCGGAGACACUAAGCCCUGGAAAUAACUUCAGUUUUUUCGACACCCCAUUGUGUCGGAUUGGAAUUGGAAUAUGUUAUGACAUUAGAUUUGCUGAAAUGGCACAAAUCUAUGCAAAGAAUGGCUGCAAAUUAUUGAUAUAUCCUGGUGCCUUUAACAUGACCACUGGUCCUGCACACUGGGAGUUACUUACUCGAGCACGAGCCUUGGAUAACCAACUUUACGUGGCAACAGUAUCGCCCGCACGUGACGAAAAUGCUUCCUACGUGGCGUGGGGUCACAGCAGUGCAGUUAGCCCAUGGGGAGAAGUAGUUGCAACAACUGGUCAUGAAGAAAACAUCGUGUACGUGGACAUUGAUCUUGGACUGAUAGACCAAGUUCGUGGACAAGUGCCGAUCACAGUCCAGAGAAGAAACGAUUUGUAUGAAGUCAGUGAAAAAAAGAAAGAAUAACACAGGACUUGGGCAACUAUGAUUUUCAGUUUUUAAAUAUGAAUGGUACUUUGACGCAGAGUCGAAAAUGUGUUUAAUCAUUAAUUUAACAAGAGACCAUGUGUUUGUUUUCUUACAUACUUACUUAGUGCCAUUGGUAUUUUGAGCUAUUUUUGUGAAUUGGGUAGCAAUUUGUUGAGAGCAGUAUGUAAAUAUACUGUUCAAAUACGUAUUUUUGUUAUGAAGUAUACAUGUACGUGAUGCAGUGAUAAAACUGAUGAGAUAUUGUUUCUACUAUCAUUAAUUUGGGUAUAGCAUUUAAAUUAAUUAUCAAGCGCCUCGCAUAAGUCUUAAUAAAGGGACAUGAAAGUAUGUAAAGCAGGUGCAACUAGGCCACAUGACGUAGUUGAAAUUCAGUUGGUAAAAAUGUUUUGCUGAAGAAUUAACAUAAAUAUUUAAACUUAUCUUUUUUACUGGUUUUAUAAUGUUACAAAGUCGAAACCAUCAUGAGUAUCAAACUGCCUUUCAAAGGUAACGGGCGUGCAUAGAUUACGUUUAUAAUAUAUCAAAAUUCGGAAGGCAAAUUUAUAGAAUGUAUAUGCACUACAUGAGUUGUAGUAGGUCACCAUGUCGCUUAUCACUAAUAGAACGUGACUCGACAUAGACUUAUCUAAUGUAAUACCAAGUGAGGGCCGACUAUGAAAUUACACUGAAAUACUGGACGAGCUACUUUGCAGAUAUAAAUGGAUUUCCGAUGCCAUUACGUUGGGCAGGCCUACUAAAACCAACGUAUUAAAUUCGCAUAAAAUUUAAUAUGUAAUAGAGAGGCUGCUAUUUCAUACUAAAAUGGUUGUCAAUCGUGACACAAGCGUAUGAUGAGUCAAACGUCAGGGACCGUUUUCACGAAUCCAUCUUGGACAAAAUUUGAAGUUAGAGGAAAGGUAUUUCACGAAAAUCCCUUUAUCAGUUGUAGCCUAUGGAAAAACAGACCCCGGGUCCCAUGUCAUCAAAAUUUCCAAUCAUUCUGUUUUGCUGAACAUUAUUAAUAUGUCUUUGUAAAACUAAAUACGAAGUUUAAACAUAAAUUUACGUAUAACAUACAACGCGAUUAAAUGUAUUGGGCCGCUAUUGGUAUGCACUUACGCCUCGUUUUCCUAUUAUUAGACUAACCACUUGACUGAUAAUGAAGAAUUUGUCACAAAAUUUAAACUUUUGUAAUUUUUCUUUUAUUCUUUAUAAUAGUGACAAAUGCCAGUCUAUUUUUUGAGAUUUUCUCAGGGAACUGAUAGUAGUAUUAUCAAUUUAUAUGAUAUUGGACAUAAGAUAUAGACUGGCUACAUCCAUAAUUUUAAAAAAAAAACUUAAAAAAAAAACGUUAUAUCAUAGUCUAUGAGCUAGUCUACUCUAUUAUCAAUUAUUAUACUGACCGUGGGAUGUCAGUAUCGAACCCUAUAAUAAAUAAUGCACACGUAUACGGACAAGUAUGGGAAUUGAAAAAAAAAACUUUUACAUAUUGGGAUAUUGACACCUCUGAUAAUGUUUAUAUACUUUUGCAUUGGAAACUUCUAACGUCCCUUUAUAUUUUUCGCAGUAUCAUUCAUAAUACUUGGAGUACAUUUACGAAAUUGCUCACACAGUGUUGAUUAACAGCUUGUUAAUAAC